AAAAGAUGCGCCGCUCCAGAAAAGUGACAAGUCGCAGUCAAGUUAGUGACAGCAUCUUGACAGGCAAAGGUCAGGGCCAGAUAACGCGCCUGCGCAGAAAGAGAUAUCUGCAUUAGCUGGAUUUGUCUCUUUUCUGUACCUUCUUUGCUUUUUUCCAAACCCACGUGGACAAGUCACCCGGGUUAAUGUGUGACAUAUACAGCCUGGACCCACACCGCGCGUCUCCACAAUGCAACAUGAGCUGGGCGAUGGAGCCUGCUAACUUCUAUGAGAGUCCCAGCCUGGGCGGCCCCCAGCAGGGGGUCUGCAAGCCCGGCGGCAGGCCGGACGCCGCGGCGGAGGAGAACACGCUGGUGGAGAUGAGCACCACGCCCGCCAUGUACGAGGACGAGAGCGCCAUCGACUUCAGCCAGUACAUCGAGUCCAUGACAUCCGUGCCGAACCUGGAGCUGUGCAACGACGAGCUCUUCCUCGACCUCUUCAACUCCGUCAAGCAGGAGAAGGCGGACUUCUACAGCCUGCAGGGCUCCGCGCUCCCGGGCGGCGUGCAGCAGCAGCUGCUGGCGGCCGGCUACGCGGCGGACCGGAGGCUGGAGAAGCCGGGCACCUACGGGGCGCCCAUCAAGCAGGAGUCCGAGUGGAGCGACAGCGACCUGUCCUCCUCCCUGCCGUCCCAGAUCGAGACGUGCGCGCAGACCUCCGUCAGCCUGACGACGGGGCAGCCCACCCCGCCCACGACCCCGGAGCCCGUCUCCGCGGUCAGCUCCGCCAAAUCCUCCCCGAGGAAGAUGGGCAGGGAGAAGGGCAAGAAGUCUGUGGACAGGUUCAGCAUGGAGUACCGGCAGAGGCGCGAGCGGAAUAACAUUGCGGUGCGCAAAAGCAGGGACAAAGCCAAGAGGCGCAACUUGGAGAUGCAGGACAAGCUGCUCGAACUGAGCGCCGAGAACGAGAAACUCCACAAAACCAUCGAGCAGCUAACCAGGGAGCUCACCGGGCUCCGGGACUUCUUCAAACAGAUCCCCAGCGCCUCGUUCGCGGGCUCCACGGGCGCACAGAGCCGGUGACAAAGCUGUGAACGAAGCUCCACGGAGACAUACCUCAGAACUCUUUACCAUCUGUACCAGAUGUUUUUUUUUUAAGCUGACCAUAAUGGCACUGGAAAAAUGUAAUGUUGAUGCCAUAUUUUUCGUGGGAUUUUUCUCUGUAUUAAAUUAUUUUACCACUGCAUUUACACGUUAAACCAAAACAUGGUACACGUUUUUUUUAAUUACAAAAACUUUGUAUAAGAGCCAGAGCAUGACCUUUUAUAUAGUUUGUAUGAAACCUUUUGUGUUCUAUGGAAUCUGUUAAUAAAGUUGUUGAAAAAGUG